CCCCCUGUUUCAAUCAAAGUGGGAAUGACCAAUCUGAAGGCGAAUUGAUCCGUGUCGUCUUCACUGGAGUCCGGUCCAAAGGACAACAGUCAGAAAAAGUCUGAUCACACCUCACAAUCAUUCCGAGACCUGACCCUACCAGGCCAAGGGAUAUAAAAAGAACCGCCUAACAGAAGUUGGAGUCUCUUGUUCUGGACUAACCUAGACACAAGCCAGGAAAUGAGAGUGCUACAGAGACACACUUUAUUGAAACAGCAUUAGCACUGUUAAUGACAGCGUCCAAAUAUUUAUUGUUAUUAUUUUUACAUUUGGUCUCUAAGCGAGAAGUACCAGCUUGGUCCCCCAACCUUUGACCUUGCAUAUGUCCCUCUUUCAGCAUUAUAACAACGACAAAAUACAGAAUACAAUGGAUGAAAGGCUUGACGAGAACUCAGAUGAUGAUGAUGAGAGUGGAAUAUGCCAUGCAGCCGAAAAAUACGUUGAAGUACUUUUAAACAUCAGUCAGGAAACAAGAAGCCCAUCUCACAAUGUGUUUCACUUAGGUUGGGAAGAUGCGAUUGAAGGAUGGGGAAGGCCAACUAGGUCUGCUAGUGCUGCCACUCAGAAAAAAAAUAUAAAAACAAAGCCAACUGAUUAUGAAUAUCACUGUGUGCUUUGUUUAAAACCAAUGCAAUUUCCAGAAUGUCCUGAUCUACAGAAAGUAGACUGCACUCAAGGUGAAAAGAAACGAGUGGAGAGUCCUCCAGCUAGGUGCAAUUCAGCUUCUAAAAAAGAAACAUGCAGUAUCAAAACAAAUACAAUGCAGGCUUCUCAGCCACCCGGUAAACACGAAAAAAACCAGCCUGUAAUCUGCAAGGAAAAAUCUGAAGAAGCUGACUGUUGUGUUUUAAAGGAAUCCCAGUAUAUUCGGAAUGAAAGACCUGCACAGUGUUUAUCUACUAGAGACAAUGUACCCCAUGAAAGUUUAGCAGCCAACAGUUUAGCGGUCUUACCACCUAUAAAACAAGCUAUCUCAACUGAUGUAAGAAGUCCUACUACUCCUGUAAGAGAAAAUGAGAUAAUCUUUAUAGAUUCUGGAAAUAAGAUGGGAAAUAUGGAAUCUGAUAAAAUACACAAAGAAUCUUCAGAGGUUAAAGCUGUAGAAGGCAAUGAUGAAGUUACAACAUUAUCACCUCUAAACCUCAAUAAACCUCAAAGUACAGAAUUUUCAUCCCAUUCUUUCAUUCCAAAUCAGCACAUGCAGUCCAACACUGCAGAACUGUGGCACUGGCAGUCUCCACUACUUGAUGCAAAAGAUGCAGUGACUGCUUACAGGAUUCCGACCUCCAAGAAGACGGACAGCUCACAUAAUCCUACCAAGGUGCUACAUCAGCGAGGUGUGCACGUUUCUGGAAAUAACAUGAAACAGGAGGGAGUGAGGAAGAUGACUUUUCAGAAAAAUAGUCAAAACCAGCUGUUAUUGACAGGAAAUAAGAGUAAGAACACCAGUAGAGGAUCAGAUUUACCAACACAACCUACGCUUCCCAUGCUUGCUGGUACCAGGGUUCCAAUACCCACAUCACCUUACAGACUUUUUUAAACUUCUACAGGGGUCACUUGCUCUUCUGUACCAGAUACACUUAAAAUUUAGAACAUGGUAGAUAGACUGUUCCUUGUUAACAACGCAGAAAUGGAUAACAAGUAGCAGCUAAAUGCUUGCCACACAUUAAUUGGUCUUCUGUUUAUAAACUUUCUCCAAAAUUAGAUAUCAUGGCGUCCUUUUCCUUUAGCUGGCCCUGGUGGUGAACGAAGGCCUAUGUGCAACUUAUCUUCAGGUAGUCUAUUAGUAAAUCCUAUAAUUAAAUUUACUAAAGUGUCCUAAAAUCUAUUGAUGGGUUCUGCAGCAGUAAAAAACUAAACCCAGGCAAAUAAAAUGUAAACUUGUAAAGGGCUUUAAUACGUCCAUUUUUAUUUCUGCUACCCAUCCUCCAACUGUCAGCCUAUCCAAUUGUUUGUGCAUUCAUUCCAUUCUAUGUUGGGCUAACCUGCUUUAAACUAAUAUUAGGUUGGCUUAGAAUUAAUUAGUUUAA